CCAAAUUGGUGUGUGUGUGUGUGUGUGUGUUUUCUCUCUCUCUCUCUCUCUCCACGGUUAAGAAAUCGCAGGCGCUGCGUUGAUGUCCACAUUCGCAACGUAAUCAGACUGAAUGCCCCCUCAUCCCUCCGUGCGAGCAGGAUUUUCUGGUACGCCUGUAAUCACUGCUGAUGCUGUCUCACCGCGCUCUACUCCCCAAACACAGGGGUUGACGCCGCAGCUGUGCACCACUGGAUUUUAUACUUUGACCUAGCAGCGGGGCAAGAGAACAGAAGGGAGAGAAAGCUAAGAGGAAAUCUCUUUUUCCAACGACCACUCAAACUUCUCGAGCAUUUUCCUGGGUGUUGCGGAACCAGCACUUUCAAGAAUCGGCGAUCCCCAUGUACUGGAAAAGUGAAACUCUGGCUCCUCUGUCAGAGGGGAACAAGGUUCUAUCUGAAGGAAUUCCAGCUGAAAAGGUAAUGUCAAAGGACAGCCAGCAUAAACAAGGCACCUCGCGCUGUGUGGAAAACAAAAUUUCUCAGAUCAUGUCCCACUCUGAUGCUGACACAUUGGGAGCUAACGUGGAGAAGGAUGAGAUUCGAUCUUCCCCUAGUCCUCCAUCCACUCCCUCGAUUUCAUCUCCGCCUUCAUCCUCUUACUCCAUCACCUCCGCCGACAAAAACAUCUGCGCCAGUUGUGGGUUGGAAAUCCUGGAUAAAUAUCUGUUAAAGGUGAAUAACUUGAUUUGGCAUGUUCGUUGUUUGGCUUGCUCGGUCUGCAGGACCUCCCUACGCAGACAUACCAGCUGUUACAUUAAAAACAAAGAAAUCUUCUGCAAAGUGGAUUAUUUCAGCCGGUUUGGCACGAAGUGCGCCCGUUGUGGUAGGCAGAUCUAUGCCAGUGACUGGGUACGGAGAGCACGGGGUAAUGCCUACCACCUGGCAUGCUUUGCUUGUUUCUCCUGUAAGAGGCAGCUCUCCACUGGGGAGGAAUUUGGACUGGUCGAAGAAAAAGUCCUGUGUAGGAUCCACUAUGAUACCAUGCUGGAAAACCUCAAGCAAGCAGCGGAGAAUGGUAAUGGGCUAACCUUGGAGGGAGCAGUACCUUCAGACCAAGACAGUCAUCCGAAACCAGCCAAGAGAGCACGGACGUCAUUUACUGCAGAGCAAUUACAGGUGAUGCAGGCACAGUUUGCACAAGACAAUAAUCCUGAUGCACAAACACUUCAGAAGCUUGCAGAUAUGACUGGUUUGAGCAGGCGUGUUAUCCAGGUCUGGUUUCAAAACUGCAGAGCACGACACAAAAAGCAUACUCCACAACAUGCAGUAGGUCAACCAGGUCCCCCUCGGUCACGCCUUCCUCCGUCCCUAUCAGAGGACAUUCAUUACCAAGCUUUCAGUCACCAUGAGCGGACCAGGAUGGUGGCACUUCAUGGUUAUGUGGAAAGCCAUCCAUUUUCAGUAUUGACAACACAGUCUAUUCCACACCAAGCUUUGGCUCUGCCACAAUUGCCAAUCAGCCGUUGAUCCCUCCACCGAAAACAGUCAUUGAAGAACAGAUGGCAUUCAUGGAUCGUGUGACAAGCAAAAAUUUAAUUCAUAAAUCCCACUUGUGUAAUUUCUAAGUCAUGUACUAAGUUGCGAUGACCUAUCUACAUCCUGUUCACAUGGCUUGGUUUUCUAACUGUACUAAAUUCAAUUCAUUAUAUAAGGAAACAAGAUUAGAAAAUGCUGGAAAUACUCUCAGCCAACAGGACCUCUGCAGACAACAGACAAAUUACCCUUUUAGGCGUGGACCCUUUGCCAGACUUGUUUUCCAGCAUUUAUAGUAUUUUGCUCUUUGUUCAUUGUCUAAAGACCAUUUCACUAAUCCGAAGGCUGGACCUUUUGAUUUUGUCAGGAUAAGGACCGACCUCAAUGAUAAAACAAUGUUUUCGUCAUUUUGUUUCUAGUGACAGUAUUAAUGUUUUUUCUACACCAGAGG